AUGGUUGAAAACCUUUCUCUGAUCUGCUGUAACAUCACCAGCAAACCAACCAAUCUAUUCUCCAGGCCUUUGAAUGAGAAGAUUCUGCUUGUGCAGGUACUGGUUGGGAUUUUCCUCUAUGUCAACUCUCUCAUGAUCUUCACCUUCCUGAAGAAGGAGGCCUUCAGAACAGACACGCGUUACGUGCUCUUUGCCCAGACGCUCUUCAUGGACUCCUUCCUCAUGGUGCUGACCGACCUGGCAGUGAUUCAGAGCUACUACCAGUACACGAUACCGUGCGUUCCCUGCGUCAUCCUCUGUAUGGUCAUGAUCUGGCUCCAGUUUGGCACCCCUGUGACGCUGGUUGCCAUGUGUCUGGAGCGCUACGUGGCCAUCUGCAUGCCCCUACGGCACGCCAACAUCUCCAGCGAGCGGACGCAGCUGGUAGGUCUCGUCGUCAUCUGGUGGCUGAGCGCAGUCCCGCCAUUCCUCGUCCUCUUCCUGUUCCUGGAGUGGGCUCCACCGAGCGUCCUCUCUUCCAGCAUGAUCUGUGAAGUGGAGCUGCUGCUGCCAAAGAAGUGGCAGGCGAACUCGAGGUCGGUCGUGGCGACAUUGUACUUUCUCUGGAUGUCAGCGGUCAUAGUAAUUACAUACUUCAGAAUAGUCAAAGUCGCAAAAAAAGCUGCUUCUGGGAACAGUAAAUCUACCACUAAGGGUCGCAAAACUGUGAUCCUUCAUGCAGUGCAGUUGCUGUUGUGUUUAAUUCAGUUCUGUUGUCCUUUUGUUGAGACUGCUAUUCUCAGGAUUGAUUUGAAACUGUUCGUCAAUGUGCGAUAUUUCAAUUUCAUUAGUUUUAUCUUGGCCCCGCGUUGCCUAAGCCCACUGAUAUAUGGAUUGAGAGAUGAGAAAUUUGUAUUGGUCCUUAAGUACUAUGCAGUUUUUGGAUUAAGUAAAAAACCCACUGUGCAUUCAGUUAAGUUUGAAAGGCAGUAA